UAAAAAAUAAUUAAAGAUGAGUGGUGCAACCAACUUAGAUGAGGAAUGGGUAGAAAAAUUAAAGUAUAGACUAUCGGUCAUUAAAAAACAUGAAAAUGUAAGAGUAAGUGGACAAGAGCCAACAAUGUUUGAAGUUUCAAAAAUUUUACGAGAUGCUCAGCCUAAGGCCUACGAGCCAAAGAUUGUGUCACUCGGGCCGUACCAUUAUCACAAGCCCCACCUUCGAGCCAUGAAUCAACAACACAAGUGGUCGUUGCUCAAUAAGUUGCUAGAUCAAGACCGGUCCAAGGAUCUCAAGUAUUAUCUCAAGGUAAUCAAGGACAACGAAACUAGAGCUCGCAAUGCUUACCCAACGCAAUCGAUGAUCGGCAUAUGUGAAAAUCAGUUUGUGACGAUGAUGCUGUUGGACUGUGUGUUUGUCAUCGAGAUUUUGUGGCUGUGGAAGAAGAGUCCGGAAGGAAUAAAAAACCUGGUCUUUAUGAGUGAGCAACGAUCACAGAUAAUAGUGGCACGAGACAUGUUGUUGUUGGAGAAUCAACUGCCCUUCUUUUUGAUCGAGACCUUGUUCGACUCCGCAUUUACUGGUCAUCCAGGCGUGCGCGGCAAGCUAAAGAGCUGGCUGGGUGAAUUCUUCAGUGGCUUUUUGGAUAGUAAGAUAUCACAAGUACCUAAUGUAGACUCGGCUGCAACGGAGAGAACUGAUCGUCAUCAGUCGAUUACGAGGCUGGGAUGGAUUCCGAGUGCGACUCGACUGGAGGAGACAAGAAUCAAAUUCAGGAGGAAUAAGAGCCCCACAGAUGCUCAGUUGUUGGGCAUCACUUUCGAGAAAGGGUUCCUAAAAGGGGUGCUAACGAUCCCCCAGUUUGAGGUCGACGAUGACACCAACAUUCUCUUCAGGAAUCUCAUCGCGUUGGAACAGUGCGAUAUUAGGAACAUCGCCGAUGUCGGCGCCCCUUUCACGGCCUAUGUUUUCUUCAUGUCUUGCAUCAUUCACACUGCUGCAGAUGUCGAAAUACUCCAGCGAAACGACAUCAUCAUCAGCGGGAUCGGCAGCAACAGACAAGUCGCUCGUCUCUUCAACAGUCUUUGCAAGGAGGUGGUGGUCGACAGCGACAAAUGCUACCUUUCGCAAGUCGUCAAGGAGGUCAAUGCACACAGUAACAGCAUAUGGAAGAGCUGGUGGGCGGAGCUGAUUUAUAAAUACUUCCGUACUCCUUGGUCAUUUAUCUCAUUUGCUGCAGCCUUUUUGUUCUUCACCAUGGCGGUCGUGCAACUCACUUUUACUAUUAAAAAUUACAAAUUACAAAUUAUAAAUUAUAAAUUACAAGUCAACAAAACUCAUCAGUAAGUCAACUUGUAAUUUGUUGUUUCGGAAAUAGUUCUUUUCUAAAAGAAAUGGAGAUGGUUUCUAAAAGAGAUGGAGAUGGA